UUCAUGAGUUAAUUUCACCAUUUAUUGAUAGUGUUUUUUUUAGGGGUUACAUUGGAGGAAAGAAAUCCCACUGGGGUUUGAUACUGGGUGCCAUGCGGGGGAGGGGAAUCCACCACACCUUUGGCAUUUAUUGAUAGUUUAUGAUUGAGAAAAAAUGGGGAAUAAUUAUAUUUAAGUGAAAAAUGGCAGGUAGGGUUGCUCAUCCCACCCUGAAAGGACCAAGCGUGAUCAGGGAGAUGUGUUUUGGUCUUGUGGCUGCUUUUGCUGCUGGGAGCUUUUGGAAAAUGUAUCACUGGGAUUUGCAGAAGAAGACCAGGUCAUUUUAUGAAUUGCUGGAGAAAGAUGAAGUCAGUGUUGUUGCAGAUGAAUAGAUGCAGCUUACUUUUAGUUUUCUGUCAUAUGAUUUUAUUAAAGAAUUUAACAGCUUGGUUCACUUGACCUUCAACUUAAGAGCUUAAUUAGUUUGGGAUUUGCAUUAAUAAUAAGUUUCUUGUACAGUUGUACUUGUGUGGACUACUUAUACGGUAUUCGUCGAAUAAAAUUUUAUUUGUCUUCUUGAUU